AUGAACCAACCACAGGCCGAAAAGCUGAUUCGCGAUUUCGCGGAGCCUGAUUCGUGUAACAUCGAGGGUGUCGCUUCGUGGACGAUUCGCCUGCAAGACGACAAGGGCCACCGCAUCGGCUUACGUGUACUCGAAGAGAACGUGCAAGCCUCGGGCCGCGCACACUGCGACAACUGCCGCGUGGCAGGGUGGAGUCACCACCCGGUGUCGGUACACCGCUACCAUUUCAUCAUUCCGCUCGUGGCUGACGUGGACGAGAACAACAGCCAGGGCAUCGGCAAGGGCCGCAAGCUCUGCCCUAACUGCAGCGCCGUCAUCGCCUCUAACGCCAAGCGGUGCACUGCAUGUGGGCAUGAUGCAGUGCGAGGGACCUUAUUGGAGUCUCAGACGCAUCUGCUGCAUGGAGUGAUUCACACCAACGGAUUUGGCCACCUCCUACGAAUCAACGGCCGAGAACGCGGCUCGCGCCUUGUCACUGGGCGGCAGCUGAUGGGCCUGUGGGACCGCAUUUGCACCAUGCUCAACGCCAGGGAGGUGACAUGCAUGGACAUGUCCAAGAAGCUGGGUCUGGACCUGCGUCUGUUGCAUGGGCUGGCCUACGGCCACUCGUGGUACGGCCGGUGGGGUUACCGCUUCGGCAAGGGAUGUUACGGCGUGACUGAAGACGUGUACAAGCACGCACUCGCAGCCGCGGCCACGACCCCGCUUGCUGCGAUUGAAGAACACUACAGGGGGCUGGACCCUGUGAGACUUGGUUGCCAUCAUCGAGCAUUACCGGUCGUGGGUCAGCGAGAACACCUGCUCGCUCCUCGCUCCAGCAUCGCGGACGCACGACACACCGCCGGUAACAUGUGCCGUUCCACCAACGCAUGCAGCAUUACCGCAUGCUAA